CCCGGAUAAGUGGGUUGCAAAGUGUGUGACGUGAAAUGAAUUAUGGGCAAUAUGGGCAAUAGCGUCCUCGCCGCCGUCGCGGCAUCUCUCGCCCCGCUUCGCGCCGCGGCCGCCACUGCCUACGUACAGCUCGUCGUCGCGACGUACGACGAGGACCUGUCGUGGAUCGAGCCGACGUUGCGCACCGUGCCCCGGUCCGAGGCUGUCGUUUACUGCAAGGGCCCCGUCCAGCCUGACGCGCGUUGCACAGCGCGCCUGGCGAACUGGGGGGCGGAAAACUACGCGUACGUACACCAUGUCUACAAGAAUUACGACAAUCUAGCGCCCAUCACCGCGUUUGCCAUGGGGAGUAUAUUGAAAAGCGAAUGGCAGUACCUCCUAUGCAGGAAGCUCUUCGGAGUUCUCGGCGCGCUCUCGUCCGUCGCGAAGCAGGACGCGCUCCGACACUUUAUCAGUCCCCGGGGCAUGCACAACCACCUCGUGCCCUUCGAGUCGGACUCCAACAUUUCCGUUUACCGGCCGAAGCGUGGCCUGCCACCCCAAAUUAUGUGUCCGGCGUCCGCGGCGACGAACGGCGCGUUCUACAGCAAAUUUGCGCCGAACCGGUCCGUCGGCGACGCGCUUCGCCACGGCUCGUCGCUGAACGGCAUUGCAGCGGCACCGCGCCACGUGCUGCGAGGCGUUCCGCGCAAUGCCUGGGGCCGUCUCCUCGACGAACUCGCGAAGAAAAGCUGCUGCGAAGGCGCUGCGCUCCAGGCCGAUCACUACGCAGAGCGCUUGUGGCGCCCAUUGCUCCUGGGCACAGCACCCGCCGACGCGAGUCCGCAGGUCCCACUCGCUGCAUGUCCGCCGUUUAUCUUCCCGCUCGUCCCCGAGCGGCUCCGGCACGUCGACGGCGACACGCGCAAAGCCGCGGAGGCCUGGCGGCGCGCUGGCUCUCCGCCACCGCCGCCCCGAAGCUGGCGCGCCGCCUGUGCGCCUGGUUGGACCCCGGGCGGUGCGCCCCCGCACGGCAGUUCCCGUCGCGGCGGUCAUUCUGCCUCGUGAGCUGGCACCGUCCUUGCUCUCCGCGUUCGUCGCAGAACGCGUCGCUACCCGGGGGCAGCGCGCGGGCAGAUUCCGUUCUUCGAUGCAGCCGCAACGCUUUCUACGCCGGGCUGGUCGUCGUGCGUCUACUAAACGUACAAGAGGCACAGUGCGGUUCCGACUCACACCUCUCUACCCACAGGCUGCCAGUGCCAGUGUCUGGCGAGCACCAUGACUGGUAGAAUCCUACUUCUAGUACUAUUAAAAGUUCAAAUUAGCCAAG